AUGAAUAGACUGCUAUCAAUGAUCGCAGAUGCAGUAUAUGAUUCUAAACGAAAGGAAUUUCUUGGUAGAGAUUCAACUCGAUGGGGAAAAUUAGCCAUUUUUUACUUCUUUUUCUAUUUUGGCUUGGCUGGAUUCUUUUCCACCUUGGUAUUUGUAUUUAUGCGAUUAGUACCACUAGACCGUCCACGAUAUCACGGAGACGCGUCAUGUAUGCAAGCUCGUGGGAAACCUCUUGCACCUGGCUUAGGUUUUCGACCACAAAUAGAUGCCGUCGACAAUACUAUUUCAGUUGAAAAAAAUCAAAUCGAUCGUUAUGUUAAAAGUCUUCAUCAAUAUCUACUAGUUUAUUAUUGGAAAUAUGAUAUUGAUAGAUUCAAUCAAACAAAGAAAUUUACAAUAUCCGAUCCAGGUGACUGUACACCUCAAAAUCAAUAUGGAUUUGCUAGCGGAAAACCAUGCAUACUUGUUAAAAUAAAUAAAAUAAUUGGCUUUGAACCAAAACCAGGUUAUAUGCCAGAAGACGAGGAAGCAUAUCAAAAUGCUGGAUGUCGACCAAAUCCCAACGCUAUUUCUAUUCAUUGUACCGGAGAAUCUGCAGCUGAUACGGCUAAUAUUCAAAAUAUAACAUAUAUAUCAGAGAAUGGUCACGAUAAAAACUGUGGUUCACUUGACACCAAAUGGUUUCCUUACCAGGGCAAAAUCGAUCGUCAAGAUGUAUAUCAAGCACCAUACAUAUGGGUUCAAUUUAAUGAUGUUAAACCAAAUGUACCUAUUAAAGUCAUAUGUCGAAUAUAUGCUGAAAAUAUUAAUUACAAUAAACUAGGAUACCGAGCGUUAACGCAAUUUGAACUAAUCAUAAAAAAUUAG